AUGCAAUUAUACAUUGAUGCUAUAGAAAUACUAGAACAUGUCAAAGAUUUUGUGAUAUUUACUCAUGGUGACAGUCAGAAUUUGGUCGUCAAUGAGGAUUUUGUGAGAAAUGUAGAUAUCACAAUAAAAAAUGAUUAUUAUAAAUAUAACAGAACAUAUUUACCAUGUACAGAAGUUAAUCAACAAGCUGUAUUAGCAGGAUGGAAUUGUCGAAAUGUAAAAUCUUAUAUGAAAGCACCAGAACUAACAGUUUAUGAUUCAACAAGUGAUCGAUUUAUGAAACACUUACUGAAACAUGACAUAGAUAUUAAUGAAUAUUGUUUCAUUUAUGAAUCAUCUUCAACUCCACCAAUUAACAGAAGUGGCAAAACUCAUGCAUUUAGACAACUUGAAAAAGCUAUUACAAAAAAUGAUUGUACAAAAGAACAUGAACGAAAUAUUAUACUUUAUGGAUAUGAUAGGUAA